UGCCAAGCACCUCCAAAACGGAAAACCCUUUCGUCUAGCGGGUUUUCCGUCUUGCGAGGCAUUUGUCUUGCGGGGCACCACUGUACCGUAAUUAUUGGCCUGUAGAAGAGGGGAGCUGACAGCAAAGGAUUAACUCGGGGUUGGCAAGGUUUACCUCGCCUGGGCUGGUUCAAUCCAGCGGAGAUUCCUCCGGGUGUAUGUGAGUGCCUGCGAUUACCUGCAUCUGCACAGAUGCAAUUUCCGGCACACGCGCAGACAUAAUUUCCAGUGCCGCGGAAGCAAGUCGCUGUGCUGUGUUGCGCCACUUUAGCCAAGCAGGCCGCUUGGUUUGGGGGUGGUUUGUGGGCCGCUUGUGGCCCACGGUCCUUAGGUUGCUGACCCCUAGAUUAACUCUUCUUCCAGAAGAAGGCAGGACCAAUCAGAAACACUUUGAUCGUCCUGAAGGGGUAAAUGUGGGAUGGGCAAUGGAUGGGAUUUUUACCUUUUGCAAUAGGCUGCAUUCCAGACACAGGUUUCUAAACACACCCCAAGCAAGAAGCUAUAUGCCCAUAUGCGUUCUCCCUUGACAGGCCAUUCCUUCUGUGAAAGAAUAAAUGAUCGCAAAUCUAACAUCAGAAAUGGCAGUGUUCAAAAGCAAGUAGGGGAACAUGUCUACCUUCCUGGAGACUAUAUGAUCUAAAAGUAGCCACCCUAGGACAAAGGAACAUCAAAGGAAGACUGCAAUGUGAAAUUGCUGUGUGCUUGUGUAUAUAUACACCUAUUACUCAGGAUCAUCUGAUGAACUAGACUGUAGACCAUGAAAUGUUAUACCAUAAUAAAUGUGUUAGCCUUAAAGGUGUCAUAAAACUCGUGGUUGUUUUAACAGACCAUAUAACCCACAAAAGCAUAUUCUGGGCCAACAUCCACAGUUCCAGAGUGGAGAGGGAAUCAAACUGAUGGUAAACAACUGAUUUUACCAAGAUUAUAAAUAUGUUUUUCGAACACCUUAUCACAUGCAAGGCAAAAGUGGAUUUUUUUCCUGCAUACAUCAGUAAUUAUUGACCAUGGAGAAGCAUACAUCAGUAAUUAUUGACCAUGGAUACCAUGUGAGAGAGAUUUCUGGUUAUACAGUAUAAAGGAAUUGGACAGCAAUCAUGAGGAAAGAAUAAAAACAGGCCUGUUUUGAUGGAAAUUAAGCUUUGAUCUCAUCUAUAGAGCCUGAUGGCUGGAUCAGAGAGCAAAUAAUUUCACUGGAACACAGAUGGAAUCUUCUGGAAGAGGAAAUCGGUUGGUGAGUGGCAGUUAUCAGCCAGGACGGCAAAGCUGCCUAAUGAGAUAGGGUGGUAGAAAAACAAUAGCUCCUUGAAACACAUUAUUUCUGGGAAAUAGGAUGGCCCUAUCUUGACUGUUGCCUUAGGGCAUUUCUUUCUGCUAUAAUGUCCACACCCGCUAGCAAAAACCCUUCAACUACCUCAUUUACUACCACAACUGAAAAAGAAGCCCAACCUGCCGGCGCCAGUUCUUCUGAAACCUCUUGGGAGAUACAUGCAGAUGAUUUCACCAAGGAGUUAUCCUGCGCUAUAUGUCUAGAGCUGUUUAAGGAGCCUGUCAUUCUGCCCUGUGGCCACAACUUCUGCAAAAAUUGUCUAGAGGCAGUAUGGGGGAAAAAGGGAGUCUUCUGUCCACAAUGCCAUGCGAGCGUUCCAGAGCGAAAGUUCAUAGCAAACAAAACACUGGAGAAAAUGGCGGAGAGGAUUAAGACCUUUCACGUGGGGUGCCAGCAACAGAAGUGCAUAGAACACAGCGAGCCAUACACCCUCUACUGGAAGCCGCAAGAAAAGCUAGCCUGCUUCAGCUGCCGAGAAACUCAACAGCCCAAAGAACAAAGCACCCAGUUUCUCCUUAUCCCAGAUGCCGUCCAGAUUUAUACGGAAAAACUGCUCAUGAUGAGAAUGCAGCUGAGGUCCAUCAUGAUGAAACUCGAGAUGUUGAAAAAUGCUCAGGAGGAGAAGAUUUCUAGUCAUAAAGAGAACAGAUUGCAAUUUCAGUACCACAUUUCCUUGGAAUUUCUAAAACUGCACCAGUUUCUUCAUGGCAAGGAGAAAAUGUACAUCAAUCAGUUAAAAGAAGAGGGUGAAAUUCUCCUCCAGGAAAUGGAGGCAAAUCUAAACAAACUCCAAGACCAAACACAGAGUGCUAAGGAUACCCUGGUCUGCAUUCAGGCCCGUCUGUACCAGCAGAAUUCUGCUGGCUUCCUGAAAGGAAUAAAAGCUUUCAUGGAAAAGAUGGAACAGAAAACGGAAAAUUCAUCUCUGGGUGAACUAGUGAUCGGAACUCUGAAUGCAGGGGACUACAAAGGGCCCAUACAUUAUGCCGUAUGGAAGGAAAUGAAAUCCAUCCUCAGCCCAGACAUUUCCUUCCUGACUCUGGACCCCAAAACCGCACAUCCAAACUUGGUUCUCUCUGACAGGAUGACCUGCGUGAGACAUACUGACACAAAGCUAGUUUUGCCGGACGUUCCAGAGAGAUUUGACUGCAGCGUUUCUGUCCUGGCGGCUGAAGGGUUCACCACUGGGAGACACUACUGGGAAGUGGAGACAUGGAACAAGACCAAAUGGACCUUGGGGGUUGUGAGAGAGAGCAUUAACCGUAAAGGGAACUACCCACUGUCCCCCAAAGAGGGUCACUGGCUUAUAAAGCUAAGGAAUAAGAAUGAGUUUAAAGCUAUAGACAUGGAAUCAAAACCUCUGGCCCUGUCCAAAAUUCCCUCUAGAAUUGGGGUGUUCUUGGAUUAUGAGGGUGGUCAGGUGUCCUUUUAUAAUGCAGACAAUAUGUCUCACAUCUACACUUUCAUGGACAAUUUUGCAGAGAAACUCUACCCAUACCUUUGUCCAUGUCUGAACGAUGCAGGACAAAACAGUGAGCCCCUGAGACUUGUUGCUUUUCACUUAUAGAGCCAGGGUGAGAAGGAGCACCUAGUGUAAAAUAGAUCUCUUUCACCCUGAGCUAUUAGAUACAGACAACUCAUAUGAUCCAGUGCUAAGAUCCCAUUGUCAAUGAAAGGGGACGGCAGUUGUCCCUGGACUUCUUUUGGGACAUAACUCUGGCUCUAUCAUUGGGACCUGCUCUGGUAGCUACCCUGCCCUUCCUGUGGUCCAGCUUCAUUUCUGCUGCACAGCCCUGCCAUGUCUGAAAAGUUAGCAGGAUCCCACGUAGGUCCCUAAAAGUGGCAUCGCAGUUGAGGCCUACGGAAUUCUUACACUAACCACUCCUAAUUGUAAGCUUUUGCUGAAGGAGGAGUGAUCACAAACCAGGAUGCUGCUGAUUAUCUGUUCAGCAGUGAUGCUUCGCACCCUGACACAAAAAGAAAUUAGGCAGAAAAAUGGCAGCUUUAUAUGGGAGCAGAUUUCCAACCCUCUGAAGUUGCAGCCCAGUCAACCUGUUGACGUAAAGUGCCACAGGGUAGAAGAAGAGAUA